CACACACACAAAAACCAGCAGCAGAAGAAGAAGCAGCAGCAGAAGAAGAAGAAGAAGAAGAAGAAAAUGCGUGUGACGUCACGCCAGGGGCGCCAAAUCUGCAGCAGCAGCAACAACACACCACGCAGCUGAGGAGUCCCGUCUGCAUAUUCAGCUGUCAUGGACCUCGGCCCCUUUGAAUCAGACAACUCGGUCAGUUGCCGAUUAGCUUCGCAGAUCCCUGAUGUAUGCCGGACUGAGGAUUGCUGUUUGGGCAUUGACGAGGCAGGCAGGGGCCCUGUGCUGGGGCCCAUGGUGUAUGGAAUAUGUUUCUGUCCAGUUUCCAAAAAGGACGAGCUGAAGGAUUUGAAAGUAGCAGAUUCAAAGACUCUAACAGAGGCUGAAAGAGAGAACCUUUUUGAAAAACUUGAUGAAGCCAGAAGUUAUGUAGGCUGGGCUCUGCAGAUUCUCUCACCAAACACCAUCUCCACCAGCAUGUUACAGAGGACAAAAUACAACCUGAAUUCACUUUCACAUGAUACAGCCAUUGGUCUAGUACAGUAUGCUUUGGACAGUGGAGUACAGGUUAAAGAGGUGUUUGUGGACACAGUUGGUCCAGCAGACAAGUACGAGGACAAACUCUCUAAGCUCUUUCCGGGUAUCGAGGUGACUGUGAGGCCAAAGGCUGACUCCCUCUUCCCCAUCGUCAGUGCAGCCAGUAUCUGUGCAAAGGUGGCCAGGGAUCGUGUAGUAAAGGGCUGGAACUUUGCUGAGGACCUUGGAGAAGUGGAUCCAGAUUACGGCUCAGGAUACCCCAACGACCCCAAGACUAAAGCGUGGCUCCUGAAGUACUUGGACCCGGUGUUUGGUUACCCUCAGUUUGUUCGAUUUAGCUGGAGCACUGCCCAAACCCUGAUGGACAGUAAGGGUGUGACUGUCCACUGGGAUGAUGAUGACGAGGAUGGGGAGAAGGCGGCACAGCGGCAGAACAACAAGUCCAUGUUGUCCUUCUUGAGUGUAUCAGCAGGCGGUAACAGCCAAAACCCGACCCACCAGGCACAUCGCUUCUUCUCUGAUCGGAGGCUGAAGAGCCUCGACACACUCUGAGGACGACACAGCAGAGGACACGCACACGUACAGGAAACCAUAAGAACUUUGUGUGAUUUUCUUAUGUCGGCUGAACAGAUGGACUUUGGAUAAACAUUGCAGACAGACAAGUGAUGUUUGUAUCAGCAGUUCAGGCUUAGAAUGAUGAUCUGUCUCUGUUUGUCCUGUUUACGCCUCUUUUUCUUUUAACACAUAAAGUAGAGUUUAAUAUUC